UCAGAGGUUACUGGCGGUCAAGCGGCGCGAAUCGCGGCGGAGAGGCCGAGGCCUGAGGAGAGGCCCGGGGGGGGGGGUGGGGGGAGAGAUGGGUCCGGGCGGCGGUGUGAGUUGCUGAGGCGGGAGAGGGAGAGGAGAGGGAGAGGCCAUGUUCGUGCAAGAGGAGAAGAUGUUCGCCGGCAAAGGGCUGCGGCUCCACAUCUGCACCAUGGAGGGCGCCGAGUGGCUGCAGGAGGUGACCGACGACACGAGCAUCGAGAAACUCAAGGAGCGCUGCCUGAAGCACUCUGUCCACGGGGACUUAGAGGAUCCAAAGAUGGUAACUCAUCACAAGCUCCUUCAUGCUGCUUCUCAGAGGGUCCUGUCCGACACGAAGACUGUCAUUGAGGAGAAUCUUCAAGAUAAAGAUGUUUUGUUGUUAAUUAAAAAGCGAGCGCCAGCUGCUCCCCCCAAGAUGGCUGACGUCUCUGCUGAGGAAAAGAAAAAAAUGGAGCAGAAAGCACCGGAUAAAGAAUCCAUCCUCAAGGUGACGGCUCAGCUUCCUGCUCGCCAGCUGGAUCGCACGGUCACCCAGCACAACAUGCGAGAUUUUCAGACAGAACUCAGGAAAAUCCUCGUUUCCCUUAUAGAGGUGGCACAGAAGUUGCUCGCACUGAAUCCAGACGCGGUUGAACUAUUUAAAAAAGCAAAUGCGCUGCUGGAUGAGGACGAGGAGGACAGAGUGGAUGAGGCCGCACUACGGCAGUUGACUGAGAUGGGCUUCCCUGAGAGUCGGGCUGUGAAAGCCCUGCGGCUGAACCACAUGUCUGUGACUCAGGCUAUGGAGUGGCUGAUCGAGCACGCAGAAGACCCUGCUAUAGACGCGCCGCUGCCUGGGGAGGGGACGUCCACUGCGCCCGUGGCCAGUCAGUUGCCACCAGAGCAGCCUAAGCCAGAAGCUGCUGCUGAAAACUCCAAGCAGGAUGAGCUGACGGAGAUCUUCAAGAAAAUCCGACGGAAACGGGAAUUUCGGCCCGAGCCCAGAGCAAUGAUUGCGCUGAUGGAGAUGGGCUUUGAUGAAAAAGAAGUGAUUGACGCAUUGCGGGUCAACAACAACCAACAGGAUGCUGCUUGUGAAUGGCUCCUGGGUGACCGAAAGCCCUCGCCUGAGGAAAUGGACAAGGGCAUUGAAGUGGAGAGCCCACUCUUUCAAGCAAUCCUAGACAAUCCUGUGGUACAGUUGGGGUUGACCAAUCCCAAAACGCUGCUAGCAUUUGAAGAUAUGCUGGAAAAUCCGUUGAAUAGCACUCAGUGGAUGAACGAUCCGGAAACAGGUCCUAUAAUGCUGCAGAUUUCUAGAAUCUUCCAGACUCUGAAUCGCACGUAGGGCAAUCCAUCCCCUGCGACUGAAGUGCUUCCAGCUGCUCAUCUGCAAAAAAAAAAGGGUGCAAACUCCCGGAAGAGUGUGCUUCAAGCAGUCGACAGUGGGCUCUGUUUGUACUUGAUAUAAGGGUAACUGGCAGCUACACCCAAUUAACUACUGUUGCCUUUGAAUCCAGUGCUUAAUGGGCCUUGAUUUGAGGUUUUAAUUUAAAAAAAAGUAUUAGUAAAUUGCACAGCGUUGGAGACGAAAGAGAACACUCAAACCAAACACUCAAAAAAUUUGAUCCCAAUUUCUGAAGCAAAGGAAGCAACUAUAUCUUGUGGAUUUGGAUUGUAUUUGUACGUGGCCAAAGAACAAAAGGUUUUAAGGAAGGUUUCUACUACAUAGAUGUUUUUUACGGUUUGCCUGUCUCGGAUUUCAAACCCUAUAACUCUUAUCUGAAACAGAGAGAACAUCUUCAUUGUAAACUAGGUACGUUAAAACUUAAGAGCUUCAGGAAUCCAACACAAACACACAACUGUGAGGAGCUUCACGGUGGGCUGUCACAGUGCACUUGGCCUGUCUCCUGUAGGAACCUCAAACUUAGUUCUGUAGGGAUAAGGUGGCAAUCCUGCAACCAGUAGCAAUUGCAGUAUUGAAAAUAAAGGUCAUGACUUGCA